GUUAUGCCAGCCCAAUUGCGUGAUGAUGCGCAAGAGGAUGUUGCUGCUCGUGAAGAGCAGGUUGGUCACAGAGCUGAGACACAACCUCCAAGGUUGACGGCAAGUUAUGGCACGAUGCCAGAUGGCGCAGGUGCUGUAUCUGUCAAUGGGGGUGGAGCAUCCACUGAAGCCCCAGCCGUGGUGCAGGCCCCAGCUGGCCCUCAACAGGACUCGACUACAGCGAGUACGAUUGCGGAGCGGCGGGACAGAGCGCUGGUUGGAACAGAGCUACAGGAAGGAGCCCAGGCAGCAGGCUCGACUGGAUUUGUGACUCCGAGGUCUAGCAGGGCCCCGGAGGGCUACCAGAACAACUGGAUGGGCAUGGAGUUGCCACGAUGGGUGACGCGGCUGGGAUCAAUGCUGAAUAUUCCAGCCAUACCGUCGCCAGGAGAAUUUGUGCCGAGUCCCAUGCUGAGUGAUGGACCGCGACCUGUGCCCCCGGGUGGGCACGCCUUUGUGCUUUCGCCCCCGCGGCGACGGCCCUCAAUGCGAGAGAAGAGCCUCCUGAGCUACUUGCGGGACACGGUGUAUUUGGAGAUGAUCCCUCAGGACUUCAACCUGGACGUGCACGAGAUUGGCAAGAAAGGGUACCACCAGGGGAUCCUCUCAGGGUAUUUGGAUCUCGAGAGCCAGUAUUAG